AGCAACGAUGAUAGAUUACAAGAAUCAGAUGAAUAUGAUGAAUUGGUGGAAUCAGAUAACGAAUUGGAUCGAUCUUUACAUACAACUAAUACUACUGGAAAUCCACUUUCUCUCAAUGGAUGGCUAGACGGAGAGAUACACAAUAAUAUAGAAAUACCAUCAUAUACCUCGAAUUUAUCUCCUACGAAGACAGCUCGACCAGAACCUCAAAACGCACACUCAUCAGUAGGAUCAGGGACUGAUAUGAACUGGCAAAUUGACAACAGAUCGGAUCACAGUACAACCGUAGUGCGGCAUAAUUUACAACAGGAUAUUGAUCAGAAUCCAACACCACUGUCCAACUGGUUUGCACAAUAUCGACGAAAAAGUACCAACAAAUUCAACAAUUCAAAACGAUCAUCAUCAGUAAAAGAUUAUGAUAGUUUAUCUUCAAAUGUAGCACAAGCCAAACGUCCACGGGUUCAACUUGAAUUACCUUUUGACUUUGAACGAACUUCCUCUUCUGUAUCACCAUCUACAGUAUUACCAACAACUGUAGCACAUACCAAUUCGAACAAUAGAAUCCUACUAGCACCAUCAUCCUUGCAAUCACUAUCGACUGACACGACAAUUGGUAGAUUUGACGAAACAUCUAUGGAAACCUCUACAACACGGCAAAAUACUGACAUUUUCGGCAGUCCUUCUAACAGUAGCAACAGACGACGUGAUAUUGCAGCGUUAUUUGCAAAAUCACUAUCAUCGCCAUCAUCAUCAGCACAGAAUCUGCAAAUAGACACUGGACUCUCUCAUACAUUGAAUGAAAUUAUUACAUUUGACUUAGCAUCAUCAUCUAUGGAAGAUAUCCGGAAGAAUUAUUCCUUUCAUAGAGAACGCCAUACACAGUUCCAUAGAAGGUCUAUCGCAGAAUACUGUCAGCAAACUACAUCAGCCAUAGAUCAGCAGGAACCGACCUUACAGUCUCUCUACUUGGAAAAUAAGAUGAAGAUAAUUUUUUGUGCUCAGCGUGUUCGUACCGAUUUGGGUUGGGUGAUGAAGAAAUUGGAAGCAAUCGAUAUGACACAGUAAAGUUAAUAUGGAGAUAAAAAUGAAAAAGGCACACCAUUUACUUUUUUUUUUAUUUAUUUAGAUUGAAACAAAGAUACAGAUUUCAACGUCUUAUGAGCGAUUACGAGCUUAAAUGUGGAAAAGCAUUGGACAAACCUGUACAAAUUAAUGUUAGGUGAGGAUACAUCAUAAUUACCUAAGAUCUGACGACUUAC